AUUUUAGCUCGGAUAAAGCACUGCGCUAACUCUCACGAUGCAUGUUUAAGACAUGCAGGCAUUGCAAACAUAACAUAUAUUGAAGAAAAGGCGAUGGUUGCGUGGGAUCUUCAGCAGAGAGGCAGAGGGAGAGGGAAGUGAGGGAGAGAGAGAGAGGAAGUGAAGGAGAGAGAGAGGGAGAGAGAAGAAGAGAAGGAGAGAGAGACUCACAUUGGAAGACCACGCGCUGGAGAAGAAAGGUGCACACGCGACAUGUCUCAAGGAUUCAGGUGCGUGCAAAUAUGCCCCGGGUCUCCCUCUCACGGAUCGCGGUUGCUGGGAUGAACUCGGACGUAUCAUCAGACAGCGGAUAGUAUGCCUGCACAGCUGGAACGGCUCACGCGACGCGGCACAGUAUGGCACGCGUAAACAUGGGUCUCUUCGCUCUCCUGUGUCUCCCCACGUUCUUCUUCCACGUCCUCGUGCUCUCCCACAGCGGCGGCAUUUAUGAGCGGGCGGCGGUCCCUCGCGCCGUGGUUCGCUCCGUGGCUCGCAUGGACGGAGACGUGAUCAUCGGCGCGCUCUUCUCCGUCCACCACCAGCCGUCGGCGGAGAAAGUGGCGGAGCGCAAGUGUGGAGACGUCCGCGAGCAGUAUGGCAUCCAAAGGGUGGAGGCCAUGUUCCACACGUUGGACCGGAUCAACGCCGACCCGGACCUGCUUCCAAAUAUCAGUCUUGGCUGCGAGAUCCGAGACUCCUGCUGGCACUCCUCUGUGGCCCUGGAGCAGAGCAUCGAGUUCAUCCGGGACUCCCUAAUCUCCAUCCGGGAUGAUAAGGACGGCUCCAAAUGGUGCAUUGACGGUACUCCGUCCCACCAGCCUCCACCCUCCAAGAAGCCCAUCGCAGGGGUGAUUGGACCGGGGUCCAGUUCCGUGGCCAUUCAGGUGCAGAACCUCCUGCAGCUCUUCAAUAUCCCGCAGAUCGCCUACUCUGCCACCAGCAUCGACCUGAGUGACAAAACCCUGUUCAAGUACUUCCUGAGGGUUGUACCCUCCGACACCCUCCAGGCACGGGCCAUCCUAGACAUUGUCAAGCGAUACAACUGGACCUACGUGUCUGCCGUGCACACCGAGGGAAACUACGGGGAAAGUGGCAUGGAGGCCUUCAAGGAGCUGGCCUCUCUGGAAGGUUUAUGCAUUGCCCACUCGGACAAGAUCUACAGUAACGCGGAGGAGAAGCACUUUGAUCGCCUUCUGAGGAAACUACGGGAACGUCUGCCCAAGGCGCGCGUAGUUGUGUGUUUCUGCGAAGGCAUGACCGUCCGAGGUCUCCUGAUGGCCAUGAGGAGACUAGGGGUGUUUGGGGAAUUCCUCCUCAUCGGCAGUGAUGGCUGGGCAGACCGCUACGAGGUUGUGGAGGGAUAUGAGCAGGAAGCAGAGGGGGGAAUCACCAUGAAGCUGCAAUCCGAGGUGGUCAAGACCUUUGAUGAUUACUAUUUGAAGCUGCGUCUGGACACCAACACCAGAAACCCCUGGUUCUCGGAGUUUUGGCAGUACCGUUUCCAGUGCCGCCUUGCGGGCCACCCUCAGGAGAACAAGAGCUACAAGAAAGUCUGCUCCGGCAACGAGAGCCUGCAAGAAAACUAUGUUCAGGAUAGUAAAAUGGGAUUUGUCAUCAAUGCCAUCUACGCCAUGGCUCACGGCCUCCACGAUAUGCACAACGAGUUGUGUCCAGGGCAGCCGGGGCUCUGUGAGGCCAUGGACCCUAUCGAUGGCAGCAAGCUGCUGGACUACCUGCUGAAAACAUCCUUCAGAGGAGUCUCGGGAGAGGAGAUAUAUUUUGAUCAAAAUGGAGACACCCCAGGAAGAUAUGACAUCAUGAAUCUCCAGGGUUUGGGGGAAGAUCGCUAUGAUUACCUGAAUGUUGGCUCCUGGCAUGAGGGCAUCUUAAGCAUCGAUGACUACAAGCUGUGGCUGAACAGCAGUGAGAUGGUGCGCUCAGUCUGCAGUGAGCCCUGCGCCAAAGGACAGAUCAAGGUUAUUAGGAAGGGAGAGGUGAGCUGCUGCUGGAUCUGCACCACAUGCAAGGACAACGAGUAUGUCCAGGAUGAGUUCACCUGCAAGGCAUGCGAUCUGGGAUGGUGGCCUGACGAUUAUCUGGAAGGCUGCCAGCCGCUGCCUCUGAAGUAUCUUGACUGGUCCGAUGUGGAAUCCAUGGUGGCGGUGGCGUUCUCCUGCGUGGGCAUCCUCAUCACCUCCUUUGUGACCUUUGUGUUCAUCCAGUACCGCGAUACGCCUGUGGUAAAGUCCUCGAGCAGAGAACUCUGCUACAUCAUCUUGGCGGGCAUCUUCAUGGGCUACAUCUGUCCGUUCACCUUAAUCGCCCGUCCUACGGUAGCCUCCUGCUACUUGCAGAGGCUCCUGGUUGGCCUUUCAUCUUCCAUGUGCUACUCCGCCCUGGUGACCAAAACUAACCGCAUCGCCCGCAUCCUGGCAGGCAGCAAGAAGAAGAUCUGCACCAAGAAGCCCCGCUUCAUGAGCGCGUGGGCCCAGGUGGUCAUCGCCUCCAUGCUGAUCAGUUUGCAGCUAACUGUGGAGAUCACGCUCAUCAUCCUGGAGCCUCCGGAACCCGUCAAGUCUUACCCGAGCAUAAGCGAGGUCUACCUCAUCUGUAAUACCAGCAACGUGGGCAUGGUGGCGCCACUCGGGUACAACGGCCUGCUAAUCAUGAGCUGCACCUACUACGCCUUCAAGACGAGGAACGUCCCAGCCAACUUUAACGAGGCUAAAUAUAUUGCCUUUACAAUGUACACUACCUGCAUUAUCUGGUUGGCAUUUGUGCCGAUCUAUUUUGGUUCAAACUACAAGAUCAUAACCACGUCCUUCUCCGUCAGCCUGAGCGUGACGGUGGCACUCGGGUGCAUGUUCACGCCCAAGAUGUACAUUAUCAUUGCCAAACCAGAGAGGAACGUCCGAAGCGCCUUCACCACAUCUGAUGUGGUGCGAAUGCACGUUGGAGAUGGAAAAUCGGCUCAAUGCGGGACUAACAGCUUCCUCAAUAUGUUCCGCCGGAAGAAACCUGGGUCUGGCAAUGCCAAUUCUAAUGGCAAGUCUGUGUCAUGGUCUGAAUCAGGUGCAAGACACCCUCCGAGGGGGGGGAAUGUGUGGCACAGACUGUCUGUGCAUGUGAGGAAACAGGAAGCCGGCUUGAAUCAGACGGCGGUCAUCAGGCCCCUAACUAACAACCCCGACCCCCACAGUUGCGCGCCUUCCACCUGCGACCCUGGCACAGAACCCCAACCCCCCCGAGAACCGCUCGGCGCUAAGCCUCUGUACAACCUGGUUGAGGAGGAGGACGAGGGAGUUUCCCAGCGCCCCCUCCGGACCCCGACUUGCUCCGGACAGGCGCAAGGGCAGCAGUCUCAUUUAGAUAAGCCCGCUUCUCAUUUGCCCCCCCGCCUGAAGGUGGUGGACACUCACACCUCCCACGUGCCUGCACCCGAUGGGCCCCUGAGCUUGAAUCCGUCGCAGCUUCCUUUGGGGACGCACAUGGAGGGGUUCGAAGAGGAGGGGUCCGAGGACGAGGAAAUGGACCUCUUACACAGCUACAUUUAUGAGGCAAAGGAGGAGGGGGAGGACGGGGAAGGCGAGGAUGUGACUCUAAGCAAGCCAUUUCUGGAGGAUUCCCUCGCUCUGUCGCCCCCCUCCCCCUUCAGGGACUCUGCGUGUUCGGGGGGGUCCGUGAGCGACUCCCCCAUCAUGGAGCUGAUGCUCGGAAGCUCCAACACCCUCCUGGACUUCGCACACAGCUCCUCGACACUGUGAGGGCACAACAGGCGCUGGCACAUCUGUUGUUCACACAGACAUACUUCUACUCACACACACACACACACACGGAGAGACGCACACAAACACACACAGAUACAUAUUGUGCUAAAUAGUUUUAUUAUUAUUUUAAGUUUUAAGCAUUCAUCUUUUGCUGUCAUUUGGCUUGCUUGUGUGAAUUACUCGGCUUUACAAGUAAGAGGUUAAUCGACGUUAUAAGUAGAGAAACACCAGGAACCUUCCAUGAGCGCUCACACUCCUGAAGGGCUGUGAGUGACAAGAGCCUUUCAUUGUCAAAUGUAGACUGGGAACAGUGGGAAGACUACUCAGCUCUCAUGCUAAAUUGGGAGAAUCAUGAAGUAGGGUGCAGCCUGGGUUUCGAAUAAUCGCUCUGGGAGAGAUGAAUGGAAAGACAAACCCACUGUCAAGGUGUGUGUGUGUAUAUAUAUAUACUCCACGUGCACCAUGGGAUGCAGCGGCGUGGAUUAGCUCGGCUGCUCUCCUGUGCACACGUACGGCUGUGUGUUCACGUGUGGAGAAGUCGCAGCAGCAUUCGCUUUUCCGCCUUUCUCAUUGAUUUAUUCCACUACAGCUUUCGCUCAUCUGACCUCAUUGCCACUUUAAGUAUACCGAGAUAUUAAUUAACAAAAAAACGUGCAGUAAUUUGAAGUUGACUAUUACUUAUGUGUUGCGAGUUGUGCGACCAAAUAUUAUCACUGAAGUGAGAUUCUGCUGAAGACUUGCGCUGUAUGAUAAAUGACAUGGAUAUAGUGUGCCAAUCAAAGUUGUUAUCAACCUACCUUUCUAUUUUUAGCCGAUCCAGGUUAGCGUGAUUGUAGAUGAUGCAGAUGUUGUUUGUUUAGUUUUUCACUCCGUCGUAACUCUGAGAACAAGUUUUAUGAGCGUAGGACGUGAUCAAACAACUACUUUUGCUUUCCAUGGCGUGUUGAUAUUUUUCAUGUAUUUGCUGUGUCAUUGUGUCAUAAAAAACACAGUAUUUGUACAAGUUCUCAAAGUUUGUAAUACUGUUGAGCCAUCUCUUGUUUUUCACACAGGUGGUAUGUUUGUAUACUUGUAUAAUACUGAUAAAUGUUUCUAUAUUUAGAAUGUCAAGAAAAAAAGAAAAAGAGUUUAUACAUUUUGAAUCUGUCCUCAGAUAGUUGUCAAAGAGCAGUGUGUUUUGGGUAACUUUUAAGGUAACUUGGUCGACUGUAUCCUUUUGAAGUAACCAAUGAUCCGUUGCUUCUUGUAAUGAGAUUAUACAUGUUUCAGUUUUGCUUAAAUCUUGCAUUAUAAAGUUAAGUAGCUUACUUGAGGUUAAGUUUCUUAGUUCUUCAUCUAUAAAAAUGCAAAGUAUUUCAAAGUACACAACUAUACAGUACAUGGUGAAAUUGUAUUGUAUUUCCAAAUGGUUUUAGUCUAUUAUAGUGUAAGUUGUUAAAUUAUUUGAUCUAGUGUAAAAUAUACGAGGGUGCCACCUGUUUAACACCGUCAAAUCUAGAGUGAAAUAGGCCUUUAUGUUUUGGUCAAGCUAAACAAUGCUGUAAAAUAAAACUAUUUAUAU